GUUAGAACGAGUUAGGUUGUCAUGUAGUAACCAACAGAAGGUUACGAGUUAAACAAAUAUAUGAUUAUUUGAUCGUCUGACUGGUUUUGCGUAAAGGGAAGAGAUAUGGAAUGAGUCGGAUACCACAGAUGCGAGUCUUGUGUUGUUUUUGGAGACAUUAUUUUGACAUUUUUUAUAUUCGUGGUGAUCGACGAGAUACCUCGCUUCACGCGGUCGUUCAACUCGCGAUGCUGGACAGAUCGCUGCAUCAUCAUGUUGCUUCCGAGUUAGCGAAAGAAAUCACAAGUUACACCAGGGGGGCAGUGAGUCGUCGUCAUUUAGCUACAGAGGCUACCCGACAAUUGCAAGCAGAAAAAGAGGGACGCAUUAGCUACAUCUGUUGAUUUGGCUUGUUGGCACUUCAGUGAUACAUUGUCGCGCCCGGUGAUGUGACCUAAGAAGAUCAGUAAGUGGUUACAUUGUAGCCUAUCACUUGUGUUUAUGCCUGGGAUUGGCUCGAUAUUCCUCCUAAUUUGUUGGGUGGGUGCGAUCGUAAUUAGCCAAUAUUUUGAUUAUGGGCACAGUGGCUGAAUUUGGGAUAAAGAAAAACCAAAGGGCAUUAUUUUUCAAACACAAUUUGCCACUGAAACAGGCUAAUCUAUCCAGACCUAGCCUACAUCGUAAUCAUCUGGAAUAUAGGCAGUUCAUGUGUACUGUUAUUGACUCCAUCAUCAUCAAAUGACCUCUUGGACUUGUCAAGGGAGUGCACAUGUUUAGUGUCUGUUGGAUUACACAAAUUGUGUAGGAUAGCCUAUCGACUCAGACACGACUCUGCUCGGGUUAUGAUCAUGACCCAGGAAUGUAUGUAUAAUCGCCAAAGAGAUGCUGACUUCAUUGAACUAUGCUGGUGACAUUUCUCCUAAAAUAACAAAUAGUUUACAUAGUCUUGUGCUGCUGACUCUUAUUGGAUAGGCUAGGUAUUGAUUUUAGUGGGUAAUUGUGCCACUGUCUCAGUACUUGGUCUGUUUUAACCACACAAUGGAAUACAACAUAAAUAGCCUAUCUAAAUAGGUUGCAAAUGGGUUCAUUUCAAAGUUUCGUUGCAUCCUAUAUGUUCCUGACGUGUGAGUAAUCAUUGGUCACAAUCCACUCCUGUCACUGCAUCCACGUGGAGUUCAUGUAGGUAUACUUGAAAACUUUGGGUUGAGGAAACUUCCAGCCGUGACGCACAGACUGCUCCCUCUGCUGUAGUCCUGCUGCAAAAAGGUGACAGCUUUUUAGUUUUUGCUGUCACACAGCAGAGAGGAAGAGGUAUUGACUCAAUAAGGAAAAAGUAGGCUACAGCAGAUUAAAAACAUCUGUCUAAAAUGGACGGCGACUGCAACUAUAAGAUGCAUUAUGUGAAUGAUGACACAUUUUCUCCAUCCAAACCUCUACUGGACCAAGUGCGGGUGCCCGCGGGGGAGCCCGACGCCCCCAGUGUUCUACAGGGGCGUGGGUCUGUUUAUUGCUCGCCAAACUUUGACAUGAUUGAUGGGCUGCUGUACCGUAAGAAGUUGGAGAGAGGCUUCAUCCACUACCGGGAGGUGCUAGACGAGGACCGACGGCUUGGGGCGAUUGCCACUUUCCACCGGCGGCGGCCAGGCAUGUGCCACCACUCCCUGGAGGAUACGUACAGAUCAGUGGCCGAGAACUACUGGUGGGAGGGGAUGUACUUCCAGAUCCGAGACUUUGUCCGGGGAUGUCCAGCGUGCCUGGAGCAGAGGAACAAGAGACCCAAGAAGCGUGUGGGUGAGAGGCGUCUCUCUCAGACGAUGAUGUCACACAGCCGUGACAUGCUGAGUAAACUGAGGAGCCAGCGGGAGGCGGGGCUGUUCUGUGACAUCACUCUGAGGACUGACGGAUGCUCUUACUCCGCCCACAAGGCGGUGCUGGCAGCGGUGAGCGAGUACUUUCAGGAAUUAUUCACUGAGAUGGACUCCGCCCCUAGCUCCAGGUCUGACAUCGACCUCACAGGUUUCAGUGAGUCUAGCCUGAUGUCUCUGCUGGACUUCUCCUACUCCUCUAUUCUGUGUGUGUCUGAGGAGGACCUUCCAGAGGUCAGCACUAUGGCCCGUCACCUGGGCAUGUGGCCUGCCGUGGAGGCCUGUUCUGCCCUCCAGAGGGAGCAGGGAUACCACGCCGCCCAAUACCCCACCAUGGAGCACCCUGCCCUAGGCUUCUCAUCGCAGAUCCCUGGAUCUCCCCUGGAGCUCCACCACCACCAGAGGGACAGGAAGAGGAAUAGGGGGUUGGCUGGAGAGGGCAGGGAGAGGGUGGCUGGGGGUGGAAGGGUAAAGGGGGUGGAUGAUGGCUUCAGACAGAUUCUGGAUCAGUCCAAUGAGUCGAGGGAGGAGAGCCCGACCAGGCGGUCACCCCGUCGCCCCCCCGGACCCAGCCCCCUCCCCCUAGGGCAGAACGGUCUCCCCCUCAGCCCCACCCGCAGGAUGAAGCUCAUCGACUUCAAAUCUCCGUCUUGUAAAAUAUCUUCUUCCCCUCCAAAAAACGUAUCCUCCAUCCCUCGCUCCCGAAACACCCAAUCUUCCUCCUCCUCGCCCCACACGCGUCUUCUCCGCUCUACUCCCGGGGCCGCCCAGGAAGUCCAGAGACUGCUUCCCAGGACAGAGAGCCCUCGGGGCCGAAAACCUCACCCUGUCCCCCAUCCUGCCUCCACCUCCUCCACACAGAGGGCUGGCUCUGAGGCCCCCAUAGUGAGGGUGAAGCAGGAGGAAGAGGGGGACGAGGAUGAGAAAGAUCAUUUCCGAGCACUGGAGAAGUACCGCCUGAUGAGCGUGCUCGGGUUACAGAGGACGUCCCUCCUCCCCAGACCAGAGGAUCUGAUUGGCUGGAGGCAGAAAAAACGCCUCCGAAAGUUGAAGGUCAAUAACUAUUCAUUGACCAAGAGGAGGAAACCUCGCCCCCAGGCGUCAGGAGGGCUUACGUUCGGGGGGCCGCCCCUGUCACUCCCCCUAUGUACCCCUGCCAAAGCUCACUUCCUGAGCAGGAUCAUAAAGACGGAGCCUGAGUAUCCAAUCAGCAUGGAGGACAUGAGACUGAAGAAACCCAGGCAGCCCCGGCGGUUUCCGCCCAGUGACAGGAGCAUGCGCAGUAAAGUAGUGUUACCAGACCUGCUGCAGCCCGUGUCCAGGCUGGUCUACGGAGGGAGGGAUCUCAGGCGCUCUGUCAGGGGUGUUGAGGCCAGCCACCCCCCUCCACCUCUCCCACCCCGUUCUGGGAACACCAGAGUUCCAAAUCCCAAGAGGAACGUCUCUACUGUCCGGAUCAAACCCGAACCUGCCGACUAUGCCAUCUCAGCACCACCCCUCCCCUCACAUGGCCGACACCCAAACCCACACCUCUCCCCUCCCAGGGCCCACCCCAGGCACAAGUUUACCACAGAAACUGUCAGAGCGCUCCGCUACAACAGCGGGCGUCCGAUGGCCAAAGAUAAGCUGAAGCGGAGUGGCAUGAAGUCUGGGAGAGCCCAGCGUAAGCCCAGAGAGGAGAGCAUGAGGACUGGGAGCAGCCAGGGAGUGAGGAAGAUCAUGGAGAGAGGGCCUGGAGCUAUGAGCAGCAGGAAGACGAGCAGCAUCCUCAGCCCUGAUCCUGUUCCUCCUCCCCUCCACAGCCAUCCUCUGUACAGGGUCAUCAAGGAGGAACCAGCAGACCCUCUACCUGUGGCGGGGUCCUUCCCCGAGCCACCCUCCGUGUCCUCCUCCCCAGAGCUGGGCAAAAGGCAGAUCAAGCCCCCUGUCAAGCUCCUAGACCCAGGCUUCCUCUUCAGCUUCUGCCGGCCGGCAGGAGGGCCCAUGUUGGGGGUGAAGAGGGAGGAGGAGAGUGUGGAUAUCUGCCUAACACGGUCGGUCUCAAGGGUAGAGAGAUUUGGUUCCGGGGGGGCCCCAGCCAGGGUCCUGAGGGCCAGAGGAGGCCUCCCCACUCUCCACAGGGUGAAGAAGGAGAGGGAAGAAAGGAGUGUAAGCCAAAGUCCAACCCAGAGGCAGGGGCCACCAAGGGCUGUCAACUCUCACCAACACAAAUCCCCCCACCUGGAUAGAGCCACAGGGUCAAAGGAUGCUUGCGUUGCUCGGGACAUACCAAAGCUGUGCAAUAAGACAUUCUUCAGGAUGAGGAAUGUGAAGAACCACAUUCGUACCCACGACCAGAGGCUGUAUAAGUGUCGCAGCUGUUUGGCUGCAUCCUGAGACCUGACUGGGGAAGGAGGGUUGAAGCUGUCUACAUUGACUGACGGGAUGAGGAGAGGCACAUUGUUAAACUGCAAGCUUGUAAAUACAAAGCAUCAGUCCACAUCCAAACACAAGGCUACCAGGAGAAAUGUAAUUACUAUUACGAUGAUGAUUAUGAUUAUUCUGGUAAUUCUUGAUUGGUAAUGUUAUUUAAAAAAGCAAACUUAAUUUCUUGUUUGCAUUUUAGGUAGCUACAGGGGUUUAAACUUGAACAUUACACUCAGGGGGUGGGGAAACUGUGAGGUCACUGUAUUUAAAUGGUCGACGACGUCACAGUAUGUAAAUUAGAAUGGAAAUUAUGGAGAAUUAUUAUGAUAAUGAUUACUACUAUUGCUAUCAAUAUUUUUGUAUGUAUAGACUGAAUCUGAGUGCACCUAUACCAUAGCUUUGUUGUAAACCUAAAAUAAGUUGAUGUAAAACAGAGAGGUAGCCGGAGGGCAGUCCCAGGUGGAAAUACUUGAAGGUUCACAGGGGUCGAUUUGGAGAUGGAGUUAGAGAGUGUUUCUUAAAGUCUGUAGACGAGGGGGGUUGUUGGGUUUUUACUCGCUUUGGUGUUCAGAGAUGGUAUGAGUUGGCUAGUAUUGCCUCAUGUAUCAGUUCUCUAGUCUCACCUUUGUCCAGGGUUAGGGUUUGGGAAAGGGGGUAGGAGGGGGGGAAUAGGCCCAAUCACAAAAUGACCCCUAAACACUAUGCACUUGUGGAGAUCGUAGCAGAUUUGAUUGAUUGAAGCAAUAUGGAGAAACUUCCCCAUAGUAGAUCAAAUGGAAAGGUAGAUGUAUUAUCAUAUUUCUUACACAUGUCAUAUCCUCUCAGAUCUCCAUAAGUGCAUAGUCUAGGGGUCCAUUUGGGAUUGGGCCCAUGAGUUAGCUAGUUUUGGGUAAGGGGGUUCUAUGACAUCCCUGCAUGUUUGACUGCAGGUCUGUUUCCUCCCCUUGUCUUUUCGAAUGUUACUAUAUGUCUAUGAAAGGGAAAACUGUCAUGUCUAAAUGUGAAUCUUUAAAAUUACUUUCUCAAUACUGAAGUUUUUUUCUGGAUUAUAUACAGUUUUAUUUGGGCUCGGUAGUCCAGAACGUUU